AUGAGUAAUAUCUACAUCAGCGAGCCGCCAACCAACGGCAAGGUCAUAUUAGAGACGACAGCGGGCGACAUCGAGAUCGAGCUGUGGCCGAAGGAAUGUCCCAAAGCCUGCCGCAACUUCAUCCAACUUGGCCUUGAAGGGUACUACGACAACACGCAGUUCCACCGCAUCGUGCCUGGCUGGAUUGUUCAAGGCGGCGAUCCAACCGGCACCGGCACCGGCGGCACCUCCAUCUACAAUGGGCCGUUUGCCGACGAGUUCCACUCGCGACUGAGGUUCACACGCCGCGGCCUUCUGGCCAUGGCCAACGCUGGACCGAAUGAUAACGGCAGCCAGUUCUUUUUCACGCUGGGAGCCACGCCUGAGCUGCAAAAGAAGCACACAAUCUUUGGGACCGUUGUUGGUGACAGCGUGUUCAAUAUGCUCAAGCUGGGCGAAGGAGAGGUCGACAAGGAGACCGAGCGGCCGGUGUAUCAGAGGUCGAUCAAGCAUGUGCGUGUCCUGGACAACCCGUUCCUUGAUAUUGUCCCCCGUACGCUGCCCAGGCAGGGUGAGGAGCCAGCCACCAAAAAGAAACAAAGGGAUCAAAACAGUCAAGAACAAGAAGCUUUUGUCGUUUGA